AUGUUGUCAAAGAUGCUUGGGGCGGGUCUUGGAAUGGCCUCCGAAGCCAUUCACUCCUCAAAGUCGCGGUCGCGGUCGCGCUCGCAAUCAGGACAGGCGCUUGAUGACCAGCCCAUCGAAGCAAGCUGUUCAAGCGCGGGGCCUUCUUUCGGACACCAGACUACAACAUCAGUAGGCGAAUCUUACGAUGAUUCGGACUCAGAGUCAGAAGAACUGCGAACUCUCGCUCAAGAUGAAGCCGCGUGGGAGCUGGAUGACAUGGCCACUCAGCUGAGUCCGCCGACAUACAACGAAUCGCAGGCAGCCGCGGCCGAAGAGUCGGAAAGUGUCAAGAUCAAGAAAGAAGAGGAAAUUGUGCGGCAGCUUGUCAGAAAGGCAGGCCCUCCUCCUCAUCCUCCUCGGCGACUUCCAUGCCCGGUAAUCCUUCCUCAGCGGCGACCACGAGACAAAUCUCGCGGCUUUGUGCGUGCCUAUGCGCCAGUUCUUGCCGACUGUGGCAUCAGUCAAGAGGUUUUUCUGGAAUAUCUAGAGAGUUGGGAUAAAGCAAGCAAGGCAUCUUCCUGGCUCGAAGUGGUCUUCGUGGCUUCUAGUAUUGUUGGUUUUGUACCGGAGGUUGCAGCGCAGGUGACUGGAUUGGUCCUGCAAGUGGUGUCGGGUGUGGCACGAGAAAUGCAAUCCCGUUCUCGCCGUAACACAUUCUUGGACCGCGUCAACCAGGAUUUGUUUAUGCCGCGCGGAUUGUUUGCCCUGGUCAUGGCCUUUAGAGACAAAGAUCCAAGCCAGUCAAGUGCGCCAAUCUACGGGUUGACGAGCUCGCUGGGGAAGAAACUCUUUACUACGGAGAAGAUGGACAUCAAUCAAACGGUGGCCAAGUACAGCAAUCCGGACCCGGAAAUGUCGAAGCUUCAGAAGGGGCUUCGCGACGUUCGAGUUACCAACGGUGAAAUUGAACAGCAGAUUGAACUUCCGGAGGCAGCCGAGCUGGUUUUUCCUGAUCUGGAUAAAGUGGCAGAGGCUGCUUUGACAGGCGAUGACGACCUACAGAAGAAGAAGCCUGGCACUUUGGACAGAUUCAAAGAUGCUGGAAAUUGGGUUCAAGACUAUAUGGACCGACGGAGUCAAGCUUUCUAUGAGGCUGAGCACCGGGGCUCAUCUUUGGCUGUUGCUGCGGAACACAGAGAGCCAUUGAAAUCACGCUACAAUGAUCCCACGCACCCAGCCAACAGUGGCUCCUUGAUUGCUCUUCUUACCGGCGGGGCUGUGAACCCUACACCGCGUCGAGAGGCCCGCCGCGAGGCAAGACAAGUUCGCCGAAACGUGGUCCGCGAGGAUAAAGACGCUCAGCGUGUUGCGCGCGGUCGUGCCCCUCGUGGCCCUCGAAAAGUCAAGAGUAGGGGAUCUCGCAAGACGAUUUUCAAGAAAAUCCUAAUUCGCGAUGUUCUCUAUCUGACAAUAGUCAAUGUUCCGACCGAAGAGGAGCUUCAACAAUCUGCCGCUCAGCUCGACCAUAUUCUCAGGGAGCAGGAGUCAUUGCAAUGA